AUGCGUCUGCUUCAAGUAGCCGCAGCAGCCUCCUCUGUUGGAAUUGCUGCUGCCGCAGCCAUUCGUUCUUCUCAGCCCUCCGAAAACACUUGCUCCAACUCUAUCUUUACAGGCGAAAUUCUGCAUCUCUCUCUAAACAUCAUCGAGUAUCCCGUGAUCGUUGAUGUUGAACUAAAGGAAAAUGCUGUCGUCACCAUUGACAAUACUAUUCUCAUCGAAUGCACUAAUGCCCCAACCCAUCUGCACACAACAGUUUACGCAACUGAGACGGCUACUGUGACAAAGACCAUCUCGACUGCUACUAUUACUGCUCAGCAAGUAGCCACUGCUUCGAAUGAGGCCACUCGUACCGUUUUGACCCAAAUUGGAUCAAAGGAGACUUCCGCCUCGGAUGCAAGCACUCGUACUGUUUUGACUGAUGUUAGCACCCAGGGACACUCCAAGCCAACUGACGCCAUUGCACCUGUGGCCGGUGGCUCUGCCGUCGGAUCCGGUGUCAACACUGCCCUCUAUACUGCCUCGACUUCCAACACCGCUGUCCACACAGUCGUUAAGACCACGGUCCACCACGGCACCACUGCUACCAAGACCUAUACUAUCACUGCUGCCUCCACCAUUGCAACCCUUGCUGCCGGUGAAUGGACGGAUUGGACCAAGUUCAAGGCUAACGGCGUCAACCUGGGAGGUUGGCUGGAGCUGGAGAAGGUCUUCAACCAGUAUUGGUGGGAUCAGUAUGCCCCAGAUGCCGAUGACGAGUGGACCUUCUGCAAAUCUUUGGGUUCUCGUUGUGGCUCUGUCAUGGAACACCACUACGCCUCUUAUAUCACGACUCAAGAUAUUGACAAAAUGGCAAAGACUGGAGUUAACAUUCUCCGUAUUCCGACUACCUACGCUGCUUGGAUCAAGGUCCCCGGCUCUGAGCUGUACCACGGAAACCAAAAGGAGUACUUGAAGAAGAUUGCCGUCUACGCCAUUGAGAAGUACAACAUGCGCGUCAUUGUUGGUCUGCACUCUCUGCCCGGUGGUGUCAACUCUUUGGAUAUUGGCGAGGCAAUUGGCCACGACUCGUGGUUCUUCAACAGCACCAACAUGGCAUACUCCCUUCAGGCUGUGGACGAGGUCCUGAGCUUCUUCGUUGAGACCGAGUACCCCUGGGCUUUUACUCUGGCUCCUAUAAACGAAGCUUCGGAUAACCCGACCAAGUUCGCUUCGACCGAGACCAUGACUACCAACGGUACUGCCUGGGUGGUUCGCUAUGUCCAGGGUGCCCUGUCCCGUAUUGCUCGCGUGGACAAGCGUAUCCCAGUGAUGCUCCAGGAUUGCUUCCUCGGCGAGGAGCACUGGUCUCCCUACUUCGCCAACGGCACCAACCUGGUGAUCGAUACUCAUGUGUACUACUUUGCUGCCUCCGGUGUCUACUCGCAGUGGGCCAGCGGCGCGAUCUGCGGUCAAGCCUCCGUGCUUGGUGGCGACGGCAAGUUCCCCGUCUUCGUGGGUGAGUGGGCUCUGCAGACAUUGUACAGCAACACCUUUUCGAACCGCAAGACGCUGUUUGACACUCAGCGCUACGCCUGGAGCUACUAUGUCCAGGGUGGUACCUUCUGGAAUGCGAAGCACAACAGCAGUGCCGUCGUGGAUGGUCAGGGUACCCAGCGGGACUAUUGGUCGUAUGAGCGAUUGAUCGAUGCUGGUGUGAUCACUCGUGCUGCCACGAAUGUAACCUACUGUUAA